AUGGUGCUGGAACUCCACGUCUGGGGUCCAGCCUUUGCGCUGCCUUCGAUCGACGCCCAAUGCCUCGCCGCCAUUGCAUAUCUGACCAAGGCGGUGCCGCGCGACCAAUGGGUGCUUGUUGCGUCUAGUGACCCUUCGGUGUCUCCGACCAAUGAAUUGCCUGCGCUGAGAGAUGGCGCGACUUGGGUGUCAAAGUUUCGCAAUAUCGUCGACUAUCUGCGCCAGGUCUCGGACGGGGCCUGGCUUCUCAAUUCGCAAUUGACGGGGCUGGGUGAAGCAGACACCAUUGCCUUCUCCGCCUUUACCGAGUCCAACGGACAACUCCUCAUCGACCUCUCCCUCUACGUCUCGAGUCAAAACUACUAUGCAGCCACCUCCCCAGCCUACGGCGCCAUCCUCACCUGGCCGAAUCAAUGGAUCCUACCACCGAAACUACGCACGCGCGCCAAAAACCGAACAGCACAUCUAGGCCUCUCGUCACUGGACCUCGAAGCCGGCGAAGAAGAGCGCACGCGCGAGCGCUCGGCCGCCGCGGCCGCCGGCCAAAUCCCCAAGAACCUGAUUGCGCGCCCACGCGAAACCGUGUCGACGCUGCUCGGCAAGACAGCACAAAACAGCCGGUUUAGGCUGGAAGCGCUGACUGCGGAUCUGUUUGAGCCGCUGGAGCAGCUGCUUGCGGGCAAGGCCUAUCUACUAUCGGAUCAAGAACCGUCGACGCUGGAUGCUCUUGUUGUCGGGUAUUUGUCGUUUGGGCUGGUGCCGGGACUGCCGGCGCCGUGGUUUGCCGAGGCGCUGCAGUCAAAGGCGCCGCGGCUGGCAAAGUAUGUUGCCCGCGUGCGCGACGAGUGUUUUGGUGUGGUUGAUGUUGCCGAUGCUUUCAAAGACACGCCGAGCCCGUCGUCGAAGCUGCCGUGGAGACAGCCAGAGAGGGUCAAUGCAGGAAAGAUCGGGAGCACUUUGUUGAACACGCUUGCCGAUGCGACGCCGAUUCUCAGUGACUUGCGAGCCAACGAUCGUCUUCGAGAGAGUGUCAAGUCUCUGGGGGAGGAGGUGACUCCGCUGGAAGCAAAGAUCAUGGCAGAAACUGCGGAGGCGAAGCGAAAGGACAUGUUUCUUUCGAUAGCCUCUGUUGCAGCAGGCGUCACGGCCAUGGUCGGGUACUUGUUUUACCACGGGAUCAUUUCUGUCGUCAGGGAAGAGGAGCAGAACCAGACCCAAGAGGAGGGAUAUACGGAAGGCGAAUCCAGAUCGGCGCAGAGCAUCCUGCAAGCUCUUCUAUAA